ACCAGCCAAAAAAUCCUUGAGGGUCCAGGAAAGUUUGUUCCUUCCCCACAAGCUUAAGCCAUUAAAUAUCUUAGGCUUUGUGGGAGGAAUCAGUCCACCAGCCAUUCUUCAUCUGCCUCUUCAGGGUGAAUACAACGACCAUGGCUUCCAGUGCUUUGACAAAACCUCAGAUGCGUGGCCUCCUGGCCAAGCGUCUGCGAUUUCACCUUGUGGGAGCCAUCCUUGUAUCCCUGGGGGUUGCAGCUUCCUAUAAGUUUGGUGUGGCUGAAAAAAGAAAGAAGGCAUAUGCAGAUUUCUACAGAAAUUAUGAUUCCCUUAAAGAUUUUGAGGAGAUGAGGAAGGCUGGUAUCUUUCAGAGUGCAAAGUGAUCUUGGAAUGUAAAGAAUUCUCUGGGGUGAAUUCCGUGGAAGGCUGUCACUGACCUGCGUUCCUGAACUAUGAAACAUGAAUAUUUGAGCUAAGAAAAAGUUUCUCUUGAUAAAUAAACAAUUAAGAAAUA